GCUCAUUGUUCUCUCGUUUGCUCCAUCACUACCUGCCACAACGCUUACGCGCAAACAUGCCACCAAGAAGAUCCAAACGAACAAAGCCCUCUUCCGCUGCAGCUGGGGUCACUGCCAAAACCGAGGCUCGAUGGAAGAAUGUACGCGGUCGACGGGGCGGAUUGAAAGACAUGCUGAAUAUGCCCAUGGACAUUGUUCAAGAGAUAUGCUUGUAUCUCCACCCCCACGACCUGCUGAAUCUCUCUCGCACGACGAAGUCCUUUCACGUCUUCCUCAUGAAGAGAAGCUCCGCAUAUCUGUGGAAGGGUUCAUUGAAGAGUGUUGAAGGUCUGCCCCCAUGCCCGAAGGGCUGGAUUGAACCUCUGUGGAUAUCCCUUGUCUUUUCUCCGUAUUGCACGGAGUGCGGAGUAGGAAAGGCUACGACAGUCCAUUGGACAUUUCUUGCCCGUUUCUGUGCAAGCUGCAGGAAAGACAUGGUUGUUGCAAAAAACAAGGUGCAUACAAUCCUCGACGAUACACAGUGGCGAUACUUCGGCUAUAUAAACUCGACGGUAUUCCUUGAGGCAACGGUCACCGGUUUCAAUGCACUAUGCUAUCUGCAGUCACAAGUCUUCAAAUAUGUCGACCAGUUCGGGAAGUUAUAUGCGUCUGGGAAGUGGGAAGAGGCCCGAAAACUUGCAAACAAGCAUGCCCAGCGAGCGAAGCUCUCCCGAGAGUAUGCGGCUUCGUGCCACAAAUGGGCCGCAAAUGAAGAACGCAUGCGGAUUGCAGAGGCAGAGUCUGUCAUCCGUGAACGCCUAGACGACAUUGUCGCAAGAUUGCGGGCACUCAAUUGGGGGCCCGAGCUUGAUUUCAUACAGACUCGGAACUAUACACCGCUCUCGGAGCACAAACUAGUGAGAGUCGCAAAGAGGCUCACCGACCGAGUCUGGCAGAAUAUGCAAGACGAGAUCGUAAGAAGCAUGGACAGCAUACGUCAAGAGCGGCUAGAGCACGAGCAUCGAUCCCUCUUGACAGCGCGGUGGCCGAUCCUCGAAAGUGCGGGGGGAGAGCUGUUGCACCGAUAUAUCGGUGAUCAUCCUGAGUUGUCAGCUUAUGGGCUGUACAUCGCCGACUUUGCGCUACUCAAAGAGGUCCGCGAAGUCAUGUGCACGCCCGCAAACGAGAUCGUGGACGAAGCAAGUUUUCUUGCUUUGGAGGGUCAGAUGGACACGAUGGUCGAGAGAUGGCGGGCGCGCAUCUGCAAACAGCUCCGUGGGCUGUUCAUCAAACACAAGGUCAAGACGCCUCGAGGAAUGAAUCCGCUUGACCUCGCUACAACGGUGUUCGACUUGAAUCCCUACGGCUAUACCACAGUCGCAACAUUCCCCUCCGUUCUGACAUACAGCGACACUGUGCGCUACCCCUGUACGCCGAAGUCCCGACGGAGCACGUACGAGCAGUUCGUUUACGAACAAGAGGGUGUGGAUUCCGAGUUCACGAGCGACAAGAUCAAGCCUAAAGAGCCCAAUGACCACAUGCGAAGGGUCAUACAGCUCUGCGGCAAGAAUCCGGAGACCGCAACGGCAAAGGAGAUGGAUGCGUUGGACAUACGGUUGGUAAGCGAGCCUUCGGACGUGGUCGUGACGUGGCUUGGUGCCAUGUUAAAGGCUGCCGCUCCCGGAGCCCAUGCGCACAACUGGCGGCGAGCGACUGCAGAUGAAACCGUCAAAACUAAAGACGUUGAGUCGCAUAUGUUGGCGCACCACAGCAUAUGGACGUGCACGAAAUGUGAGGCGUCGCCCAUUCCAGCGUCCCGAGACGCAGUACAGGAUCAUCUUCGUGACACACACAAGAUUGGAUUGACGGCCAUCGUGGAUGGAGAUAUCGAGAUGAAUGUGACCCUGGCAAAUGCAGAACUAGCGAGUCUCCAUGUCGCCUUAAGUAGGGUACUAGGUUGAACGCGAUGCCGCAGAGCACGGCCAUGCGGCAUGGGGCCUUUAGCUGCCAUUCGGCUCGUGGGCAGAAACCCGCGCACUGUACAGUAUAUUGAUUUGACAAGAAACCCGGAACUUCGCUUGACUUGGACCAGAGCUUACUGUACAUCAGAUGUAUCGUUUGCUUGUAAUACACUGUAGCAUCGACUAAUAGCUAUGCAUACUUACUACUCCGUCUAUCGAGUUCAAUGAUUACUUCACAGUCAUUCCGCCUUUCAUUCC